AUGAAGGCAGGUAUACCACUACUGCGAUGUACUCAAAGAAUACCUUUAUUGGCAGCACGUCAUGUCUCGAGGAACAUCACAACAACAACAACAAUUUCCAAGCUCUCAUUAGCUCCAGACUACAACCAUAUUAGAAAAGUGUUUGAUAGUCAAAAAUACUUCAACCACUUUACUAAACAGGGCUCUCAUGCAACUUUAUUUAGUUCUCCGCAAACAGGGUUGUUUCAUAAUGAAUAUUUAACCACACCACAGGGACUAGUUGAUUUUUCCCAGCAGUCGCUUGGCCAAGCAAAAGAAUUGGUCAGUGAAAUGCUUUCACAAGUCAACACUGCUGAUGGGAAACUUAAAUUUAUUAAAAAACUAGACCAGUUGUCGGAUAUUUUGUGUCGAGUAAUUGAUGUGGCCGAAUUCAUACGUGUUGUCCACCCUAGUGUCAAAUGGAUAAAUGCAGCCCAACAAACACACGAAAUGAUGUUUGAAUUUAUGAAUCAGUUAAACACCAAUGUUGAUCUAUAUUCAAGUCUCCGUGAUACUUUGAAUAACCCAGUGAUUACCGAGCAGUUGACAGCAGAAGAAAUAAAGGUGGGAGAAUAUUUGAAACAGGAUUUUGAACGAUCUGGUAUACAUAUGGAUCCACAAACAAGAGAAAACUUUGUUACUAUAACUCAAGAAAUAUCGUUGUUGGGCUCCCAAUUUGGAAACCAGAUAAAUGGUUUAAAGUCGUACUGGUGUCCCAUAACAGUUUCGGAAUGGGAAAGUAUUGAAGAUAGUCAAUUGAAGAAGGAAAUCAAGAACUAUCAGUCGAAAUAUGAUGGUAUUAGAGAGCCUGAAUCAAUCCAGAUUCCUCUUGUUGCAAGCAUUCCCUAUACGAUCUUGACAAAUUGUAGUAGCGAUUCGUUGCGUAAAAAAGUGUGGAUAGCUUUGCAUAAUUCACCUGAUGAACAAAUUGAAACAUUGAAUAGAUUUAUUUCCUAUAGAGCAUUAUUAUCAAAAAUGCUAAACUACAAGUCGUUUGCAGAUUAUCAAUUAGAACACAAGAUGGCGAAAACUCCUGAAAAUGUCAUCACGUUUUUAUCCAAUUUACAAAAGUCAUUAAUCAAAAAAGGUGUAGUAGAAGAGUUGAGCCAAUUAGCAGAAAUAAAGCACGAUGGUGGCAACUCGUCUAAUGUCAAUGAUAUUGUCAAUGACAUUAAACCAUGGGACAGAGAUUAUUUAUUGGCAAAGCUUCAGCUGAGAAUGCAAUCUGAAGUGUCUGCUGGUAAUGUUAAAGACUACUUUUCGGUAGGAACCGUUAUUGCAGGGUUGAAUGAGUUAUUUACCAGAUUAUAUGAUAUUUCUUUUGUUCCUGUGGCUGCAUUGAAAGGUGAGACGUGGGAUUCACACCAAGUGCGCAAGAUUAAAGUUGUUGACAAUGCUGCAAACAAAACUUUAGGAUUUCUUUAUUUGGAUUUCUGGUCGACCAAAGUAUUGCCAUCUCAUUUCACAAUUGUGUGUCUGAGAAGAUUGAACACAAGUAUAGGUAGUGAAACAAUAGAAAGUAUGGAGAAUCUUGUCCAAUUGGAUGAUGAUUAUCAAUUGCCAGUUGUUUCACUUGUGUGCAAUUUUGCCAGUUCAGGCAACUUUCUGUUUGGAAGAUUUGCUGGUGUUGAAAAUGAAAAGCCAACAUUAUUGACAUUAGACCAGGUUGAUACGAUUUUCCAUGAAAUGGGACACGCAAUGCACUCGAUGAUUGGGAGAACGGAAUUGCAUAAUUUAUCGGGGACUCGUUGCUCUACGGAUUUCGUGGAAUUACCGUCGGUGUUGAUGGAGUCUUUUAGUAAAGAUCCAAGAGUUAUAUGCCAAAUAGGUCGUCAUUUUGACACAGACGAAAAGCUACCUGAAGCACUUCUUGAACAAGCACAAGAACAUAGGAUCAUGUUGGACGCGUGUGAAACAUUUAUGCAAUCAAAAAUGGCCAUGUUGGAUCAAAAAUUGCAUAAUGAAGAGAUGGUUAAAUUAUUGGCCAAGGGGCUAUAUGAAGUUGAUUCUACUAAGGUGUAUCAUCUGGUUGAAAAGGAAUUGAGAGUCUUUGCAGAUGAAUGGUCUACAUGGCACGGAAAGUUUCCUCAUUUGUUUUCUUAUGGAGCAGUGUAUUACUCCUAUCUUUUGGAUCGAGCAAUUGCCGAUAAGAUUUGGCAAGGACUAUUUGCUAAAGAUCCAUGGAAUGGCGAGGCCGGUAAAAAGUAUAAGGAGAGUGUUUUAAAAUGGGGUGGUACUAGAGAUCCAUGGGAAUGUCUUGCUGAUGCAUUGGGAAAUGACGAAUUAAAGCAGGGUGACUCACGAGCAAUGGAAAUUAUUGGUCAGAAUAGUAAUUUAUAG